AUGGUCGGCACCGUAGCGUGCAUUGGAGUGGUGGGCAUGUAUCACAGUGGCCUUGGUGGAGGAGGCUUCAUGCUAAUCCGCGCACCCAAUGGAACCUACGAGUUCAUCGACUUCAGAGAGACAGCACCCGCUGCAGCUUUCGAAGACAUGUACAAGAACAACGAACAGGCUAGUCUAACAGGAGGCCUUGCUUCCGGCGUACCAGGUGAAGUCCGCGGCCUCCAGCGUCUGCACGAGAACUAUGGAAAGCUACCCUGGGAGACUGUUCUUACUCCCGCCGUCAAAGUCGCUAGAGAUGGAUGGACAGUCAACCAAGAUCUCGUGAACUACAUGGCCUCAGCAAUCAGCUCAGCCGGCGCAAACUCCUCUUCAAACUUCCUCGUCAACGACCUGGAAUUUGCCCUGGACUUCGCGCCCAAAGGCCGUCUCCUCAAGCUCAACGAGACCAUUACCAGAAAACGCUAUGCCAACACCCUCGAGACCAUCGCCAAAGAAGGCCCCGAUGCAUUCUACUCCGGCCCCAUCGCAGAAGCUACCAUCAACGCCCUGCGCGCGAAAAACGGCACCAUGACCCUCGACGACCUUGCAAACUACACAGUCGCCAUCCGUCAACCCUCCACCAUAACCUACCGCGACUACAAACUCACCGCCUGCUCCGCCCCCUCAGGCGGCGAAGUCGCCCUCGCCGUCCUCAAAAUCAUGGAAGGCUACACCUGCGUCGGAUCUCCCUCAAACAUAAACCUCACCACCCACCGCCUUGACGAAUCGAUGAAAUUCGCCUACGGCAUGCGCGCAAACCUCGGCGACCCCUUGUUCCUCAAUGGCAUUGACGCCUACCAAAACGCCAUGAUCAGCGCCAAAACCGCCGCAGAAGUCCGGUCAAAAAUCGACGACACGCGCACAUUCAACACGUCCUACUACGACCCCGAGGGUUUUGAAUCACUCGAAACCCCAGGUACAAGCCACGUCGUCACCGCUGAUGCGAGCGGUAUGUCCAUCACCCUCACCACUACCGUCAAUUUACUCUUCGGCUCCAAACUCGUCGUCCCAGAGACGGGCAUCAUCAUGAACAACGAAAUGAACGACUUCAGCAUCCCUGGGACUAGCAACGCGUUCGGCUUCAUCCCCUCCCCCGCAAACUACGUGCGCGCGGGAAAACGCCCCUUAUCCUCCAUCGCCCCCGUCAUCGUCGAGCACGCCAACUCCUCUAGCUUAGUAGACGCAUUCUACGUCGCCGUCGGUGCCGCCGGCGGGAGCCGCAUCAUCACCGCCACGAUCCAGAACCUGAUCCAUAUACUGGACGGCAAUAUGACCGAGGAUUCACGAUCAGCUGGUGCCGGCGCAGGUGAGCUUUGA